AUGGGACACCACCCUCAAUCGCGACGCCGAGUCGCCCGUCGACGGAGGCAUCCUUCUCCUCUAAUCGCCGUCAAUUUUACCGCCGCCCCCGCCGCCCAUCUUGAUUUGUCGGGCCUUGGACAGGUCGGCAUCGCUGGUGACUUUGCAGGCAUAUCUCUCUAUCAAUACGAGGGCCAGGAUGAGAGCUCCUUCGUUACCAACGGCAGCGAAGCACUGCUAGCUCGCCUGCCCAACGGCGUCCUGGCCUCCGUCGCCCAGGCCGACGCGUCUGUCGAGUCCAUGUGUUCCUUCGUUGCGGACGGGGCUGCACAGGGUGUCAUAAUAGGCGGGAACUUCACGAGUCUGGGUGGCAAGGAGUCUGCGGGCAUUGCCCUUUUCAACCCAAACACCACCGAGGUUACGCCCCUCCCAGGUCUGCAAGGAUCUGUCAACGCUGUUCUUUGCGACAAUGAUACGGUCUACAUUGGAGGCAACUUCAUAGGCGUCGACAACUCCACCAAUGCCGUGUCUUACAUUUCUGGCUCGGGCUUCAAGGCGUUACCCUUUGCCGGCUUCAACGGACCUGUUUCCUCUAUCGCCCGGGCAUCCAACGGCCACAUCAUCUUUGGUGGGUCCUUCACUGGCUUGGGCAAUACGAGCACGCCCAGUGAGCCUGACCAGCAGGUCAUCAACUUGUCUACCGCAAAUAUCACCGCUACUGGUUCUACCACCACGAGCGGAUUCAGCAGCCCCAGCAACAUCAUCUGCAAGACGGGCGAUGUGGAUGCUUCGGGCAGCACCUGGCUGCUCGCCGAUGAUACGCAAGGAUCCUGGGAGGCCAAGAUGGGUUUUGGCUACCGGCCGACGAAAUUACGCCUCUACAACACGCACCAGGAUGGGCGUGGUACCAAGACGUGGCGAUUUACGGCCCUGCCCAUCAAUGGUAUCAUGAAUUUCACCUAUAUCGACCCGUCUACGAAUGAGAACACCACCUGCACCAGCCAAUGUUCCCUGAGCAGUAACUCCAGCAUUACGUAUCAGGACUUCCAUUUCGUCAACGUGAUAGGCAUGAACGGCUUUCGGAUCGACAUUUCGGAUUUCUACGGCAGCGGCGGCGGCCUCGACGGCAUCGAACUCUAUCAAGACGACAUUUUUGCCUAUGCCGUUAGCAAUUUCGACGAGCCGGCCUGUGCUAGCAUCUCUACAGCAUCCAAUGCUACCUCGACCGGUCCUUGGACCGUCUCACCGUCCCUGAAUAGCAACUCAGAGUACCUGACUGCAUCUCUGAGCAGUCCAAUCACAAAUGACUCGGCAACAGUCGUCUUCUAUCCAGACAUUCGGGAGGCAGGCUACUAUACUGUGAACAUGUAUACGCCGGGCUGCCUACAGGACUCUUCAUGCGACUCUCGUGGCCAGGUCCAGCUUUCUGGCACCUUGUCGCCUACGAAGGGUGCUAAUGGCACAAUCAGUGCGUCUUUGUACCAGACCAACGACUACGAUAAGUACGAUCCCAUCUAUUACGGCUACGUCGAGGCCACGUCGAGCUCAUUUAGGCCCGCUGUUACACUUGCGCCUCUAAACGGCCAGCCCCUCACUCAACAGACAAUCGUGGCACAGAAGGUUGGUUUCGUCAUAUACAAUACCACCAGUGGGCUCAAUGGGCUGUUCGAGUAUGAUCCCGCCGUCACUACCUAUAAUUCCACUACUUUCUCAGACUCCGUCUUCGACAGCCUGGGCAUGAACUUCACCAGUGGGUCCACCGUCAAUGCUCUGGCAGCAUCUGGCGACAUUACGUAUAUCGGUGGCAACUUCAGCACGACAAGCUCAAGCAACGUCGUGUCAGUCAAUAGCCAGAGCUCAACAGUACAAACCCUCGCCGGCGGCCUGAAUGGUUUGGUUUCCUCGCUCUACGUCAACGACACCAACCUAUGGGUCGGGGGCUCUUUCGACAAUCUCGAAGCCGGAGGCGUUACUGGUCUCGCCAAUGUGGCGCUUUACGACAUACCAUCAAGCUCGUGGAGCGCUCUUGGUGCUGGAGUCAACGGGCCCGUGUCGGCGGUGGUACCGCUGACCAUGAACAUUUCUAGUACGACGCCUGAGCUUGUCAUUAGCUUGACGGGCAACUUUAGCCAAGUCAACGCAUUCGGAAGCAGUUCAGCCAUUUCUACCAAUGGCUUUGGUGUCUGGGUACCGUCCCAGAACAACUGGCUUGGCAACCUCGAUCUUCCCGUGGAGUACCUGGACGGUGUGCUGACCACAUCUCUCCUCGAUGUCACGGGCAGCGACCCUCUGUAUGCCGGUGCGGUUCUUUCGGCGGAGCUUGCGGCGGUCGAUACACUCGACAACGGCAGUGCCACCGGUGUAUUUGCUGGGGCGUUCCUCAACUCCAACGGCCUCAACCUGACCGUCUUGACAGGCCAUUUCACCGGCACAGGAAGCAACGGCUCCACUAUUAACAAUGUCGCCGUCGUAGAGAAUUCGAAUAGCUCCGUCUCGGGGUUUGUCUCUGGUGUCUCGCAAGACUCGAUAUUCACCGCCGUUGCCAUCCAGGGCUCCACUUUGUUUGCUGGAGGAAACGUGAGCGGAACUAUUGAUGGCAACAGUGUCCGCGGUCUGGUCUCAUUUGACCUCGAGACCAGUGACUAUGGCUCACAGCCACCAGCCCUUGCUGGUGACGAUAGCAUCGUCCAUUCGAUAGCCGUCAGGCCAAACUCUGGUGACGUCUACGUCGGUGGUUCCUUCACAUCAGCUGGCUCCCUUGGAUGUCCUGCGGUCUGCCUCUACAGCACUACCUCAUCGCAAUGGAACCGGCCUGGCAACAACUUGAUGGGCGAGGCUAGAAGCUUGCUGUGGGUAUCCAACAAAAACCUUGUUGCUGGCGGGAAUGUCACCGUCAAUUCGUCGACAAUAUUUCUCGCAUCCUACACUGCCGGCGAUGAAACGUGGGACGCUUACUCUGGUGCGGCUGACCUGCCCGGUCCCGUCGAUAUCAUAACAAUGGGGUCCUCAGACGGCAGUCAAAUUUGGGUGGCCGGCACUGCUUCGAACGGGUCCCUCUAUGUGAUGAAGUAUGAUGGUACCAACUGGAAGUCGCCCGGUCAGAUACUCGGGUCUGGCACAGACCUCCUCUCCAUGCAGAUUUUCUCUCUCACUGAGGCCCAUGAUUCAUCUGACCUGCUGGAGGAGAAGAUGUCGCUCAUGCUGACCGGACGAAUCGUUAUUCCGGGCUUCGGCACAGCGAGCGCCGCAUUGUUUAACGGCACCGCGUUGACCCCAUUCGCCCUCACGACAAACUCGGGUAACAAGGCAGGGACCAUCUCUCGAAUCUUUACCGAGAAGACGGACUUCUUCAGUGGCGAGAGCAGCGGUGGCCUCCCCAUAUACGCCGUCGUUCUGAUAGGAUUGGCCAUCGCUCUCGGCCUGACUUUACUCAUUGUGGUCGCCGGCAUGGCAAUGGAGCGUCUGCGCAAGAAGAGAGAAGGAUACGUGCCUGCCCCAACAUCAACAUUUGACAGAGGAAGCGGCAUGCAGCGAAUACCACCACAAGAGUUACUCGAGUCUCUAGGCAAGGGACGACCAGGAGCACCCACCAUUUAA